AUGGCUGCCCAUGAACUGUUGUACCUGAUUCUCCUAGUUGCGGGGACGAAAGGGGACGUUUUUGAUUAUAACUUCGAGGCACUUUCAUCGCCACGUAUGAUUUCCGAUGCGAUCGAAUCUUUUCUGUUGCGCAAUGCUACGGCGGUAUCUUGGGACUGUUCGGCACAAUUGAGCGAGUACGUAGUCGGCCUUCGAUCGAGGGAGGAGUGGGCGUUAAAGGUGUACGACUCCACUGGAAAGCUUCCGGCUGGAGUAUUGGACGGGAAUCUUGCCGAGCUGGGUUCAUUUGAUGAGUGCCUCUAUGUCACGAAGUUAAACGAGGAACCCGAAGGUUCCAGUUUUACGGGACAGUAUUGCUUGGGCUCAAUUUACGUAAAUGCAACACGGAACAUCAGCAAUGAAAUCAAAGUGCCCGAAAUUGGGAACAGACUGGCCUUUCCCACGUGCCUCCCUGAAGGAUGCUCAGGCGGGGACGUUCAAAAUGUCAUCAGAGGCAUUGGAAUCAACUUAACCAUUAAAGACUCUCACUGCCAAACAUUGGCGAAACGGCCGGAAAUGGACACCGGAUGUAUCAUUGGAUUGACCUUUUUUGUAUGUUUACCAUUGCUGAUGGCCGCGUCUACAAUCUACGACCUUCGUAACAAAUUCAUCGAGAAACGUGCGCCAAAUGCGCUUCUGUCGGCAUUUUCGAUAUACACAAACCUCAAGAAGAUCUUCGACACGAAGUCCGCCCCCCGAGAAAUUACCUGCCUGCACGGGGUUCGCGCUAUUGCAAUGUUCAUAGUCAUUGCAGGUCAUCGCUAUUACUAUGUGUUACACCAAAAGCACAGAAAUGAAUUCUUUACUAUCCACUGGGUACAACAGAUACAAAACAUGCCUCUAAUAAAAGCGGACAUUGCCAUGGAUAUUUUCUUCUUUUUGUCAGGUUCGAUGAUUACGUAUGGAUAUUUUCAAAAAUUGGCGAAACAGCAAAAGUUCGGAGUAAUAUCGCACUACGCCAACAGAUAUUUGAGGUUGACUCCCACGAUGGCUAUUGUAAUCUUGUUUGUAGCGACAGUGACCAAGUAUUUGGGUUCAGGUCCACUAUGGCCAGCAUUCAAUGAAACUAUAGUCGACCCUUGUGUUCACAAUUGGUGGUUCAACAUGCUGUAUAUUCAAAACUUUGCACCGCCAAUGUGCAUGCCACACACCUGGUAUAUGGCUGUAGAUACUCAGCUGUUUCUUCUGACACCUUUGCUACUGAUCCUUCUGAGACGCUGGACGAAGAAGAGUUUAGUAACGAUGGCUUUUCUAGGCGCCUGCUGCAUUGCAUCCGUGUUUGCCCUUGCGUUCACAAUGGAAUUUCGCGUUGCUCACGUGUUUCACAGUGUGUAA